AUGUCAAAUCAAGGGAUGAGUGGAUAUCUACAGGAACUGGCAAAGGAAAUAACAUGUGAUAAGGAAUCCCCAGGUACCCUUAACCUAGAGAACAACACGUGGUGUCAGAUGCAGGCAGCUAAGAAGGCAGGCGAGAUAACCGAAGAGUUAGCUGUGGAAGCGUCUAAGGGGAAGGGACAUGUGGGGGUAUUCCAAUUGGAAACCAGAGCGCGAAGUCUAUGUAAGGCCCUGGAUAUAUGGAUGAGGAGUCUAAGAACAACCCCAGAAGGGACGACAUUGUGGAUAGAGGGAAGGUGUACCCCAGAAAGAACAGGUUGGUUAGGUAAACCUUGGGACCCGCAGGCAUGUCCAUAUGAUAGGAAUCUGGAUUUAUGGAGCAUAUAUAAUGCUGGAGUGAAGUUGUAUUGGAAUCAGCCUCACCAAAAGGCGCUGGCUCUAUGCAUAAGAGUGAUGAGUCUAAUUCUGGAUAUGUUAAAUAAUGUAUCAAGAACCGGAACCGACUGGGUCCAUAUCCCUGGAACAAGAAAUAUAUGCCAGGCAAUAUACGAUCAACUAAAGAAGGAACUUGGUAGGGAGGCUUCAGGAAAGUUCAUGAAAGAUUGGUUCUUGAACGAAGGAAGCGACAAAAAAUAUACAGGAUUACCAAGAAUUUCUAAAGUGAAUGAGGGAGGAUCCUGGGGAGAAUUUCUUAAGCCGCUAGGAGUUUCAGUAGUGGGACUGCAAUGCACACAGGACCCUGAUGGACAGGACAGAUAUCAAACAACAUGCAUCUACCGGAGGAACGAAUCAAGUUGUGAAGUGGACACAGAUCUAACAGAGGCAACCUGGCAGCAGGAGAAAAAGGCGGCAAGGGAAGAAAUGGCCCAAGAACAGACAGCAUUUCUAGCAUUGGUACAGGACACCCAGAAUAGGGUCUCAGGGAUACGCCCAACCAAGCCCAACGGGGGAUACCUCGAGGGAGUAGGGACGGGUAUAGUCUUACUUUUAGGAGCUCUGGGGGGUUAUGGCUUAUGGAGGAUAUUGAAGUCAAAGGUAAGAGACGGGCCCACCCUAAUCCAGGAGGUACCAAAGAAGUUAAGAAGGCGGGUAGGACUGAGUUAUCUAACUGGCCCACUGAAAUCACAAAAGGAGGCAGAUGACUUAACUUGA